AUGAGUGCAAAUUGGUGUUAACUGCACAUUAGACAACCUAUUGCAUUAGCUCAUCCAAAUACAAAUACUCUAUAGCUCUGCAAACUAGACCUACUACUGCAUCAAGGUUUGCAGAAAAAUAACCCAACAGUUAAAAGAAUUUUCAGCUUGUAAUAUGCACAGCAGCAGUGUCCUGAUAGUCCAUCCCUCAGCUGAAAGAUUUCGAUUGCCUGAAAUGGCUCAUGGAAAGCUGACUGGCGGUGCUCGACACUACUCUCUCGACUCACCCUCUCUGACAAGCCCACCGGGCUAUGGUGGCCUGGUGGACAGUAACCAUCAUAUGCUCGACCAGAAACCUCAGAUCCCCAACUCCAUGAUGCCUGCAAUGUCUCUACCCUCCUCCACUACAAUGCAUCUAGGCACUACUAGCAAUCACCAGUUUCACUCAUUCAAUGCUCCACUAGUGAUGGCUCCUGCACCACCACCAGGACUGCUGCAUUUAGAUGGUGCAAGUGAACUGAAAUAUUUUCUCCCACCAGGACAUUCAAUGACAGUACCGUCCUCUCAAUCUGGAGUGCUGUAUCACCCAGGGCAACCCCUACCCCACUCCAUAAUGCCAGGCAGACCAGACGCGUACAGAAGGGGCAAGCAGAGACGUCACAGAACCAACUUCACCACCCACCAAUUGGAAGAGUUAGAGAAAGCAUUCGAAAAGACCCGUUACCCUGAUGUCUUUAUGAGGGAAGAACUGGCCAUGAAGAUUCACCUCACUGAAGCAAGAGUGCAGGUGUGGUUCCAAAACAGACGUGCGAAAUGGAGGAAAGCUGAGAAAGCAACCUCAGGAGAUAAAGGAUCUGAAGCCACCGCAUCCUCCCCCGGCUCCACCACAGCGAGCAGCCCUCAGUCAUGUGCCUCCGAGACUAUAGACAAAACUACACCCACUGUGCCCACCACCCCUCCAAUUGUACCCUCACUACCUCCGAUGUCAACCAGCCCAGUGACAACACCUGUCAAGCCAGACCAUAUUGAAACCAGAUGGGGAGCCACAUCACCACAGCAGAACUUUGCAACAGGCUUCCGUUCACCUACCAGCCCACCACCCAAUUCCAUCCUAACCUCUCCCUCUGAUAAUGGAAUUUCUCCUUUCAACGCUCCUCAACUACACGCGACCAUUCCUUAUAGUUCAUCGACCGUACCUCUAAAUGUCAUGGGUCAUCACACUCACUUUGGAACUACCUACCCAAUGUCAAGAUACUCACCUCAAUGCUGAGAACUAACUACUCACCCAGCCCCACUAAAUGUUUAGAUCAUGCAUCACCCAGGUAUCUAGUCCGUCAACCAUCUUUUGUAACUUUUGUAUCGUGUUAUUACAUAGUCUGUGGCAUCAUUAAUAUCCAAUCAACAAUAUUCUCAUUUAUUAUAGUGAUCAUCAGUUUUGUAUCUAUUAUGAGAUUCUAUAUGAGCAAUAUAUAUACCACUC